AAGUCCACCGAUGGCUACACAACACAGACAACCACACACGUAAAUGUCAUGCUCGUGAGCAAGAAAAAACUAACAAAUUCUACUGACUUUCAAUGCCAAAAAUUGUUUAAUUAUUCUCAUUCAAAUAAUCGGGACAGAAACUACUUCCUCGUGACGAUAGUUCCGGGCAAUAAAUUGGAAUUAGAAAUAGUGUAUAAUCCCUCCCUAUCCUCAUCGUUGUUCAUAGAAUGAAAAAUAAACAAAGCUGAAGUUAAUCAACAAUAAUGGCUGCGUUAAUGAAAAAACGAGUGCUGGCAGAAUUCAGUCAGAAUCAGACAACAACCCUAGAACCCCCCUUGAAGCGUCUCCGAACUCUUCGUCUCACAACAGGUAAGGCCUCGACGUCAACAGCCGAUGGAAGUUCGGCCCUAGCUUAUGUAGAGUGCCUGGAGAAGUGUAAGGGUGGAAAUGAUGCCCUCCAACUUCUCGUUCGUCUCUCGGACACCCUCUCGGGCAUGUCCUCGGACGACGUACCCGUGACUGUAACGAAACUCGUCGAGAGGUUUCACCUGGAGACAGAGGCCCCAGUGCGCGCCAAAAUCUUGUGGGUCCUGUCUGAAUUGGGCCAAGUGACAACAGAUCCCGCGGUGAAGAAUAUUAUAAUUGACGAGACUGCCCGCCUGCUGAGGUCCGAGGAGUCUCACAGGGUUAAGAGUCAAGGGCUCUCGACUCUCCUUAAAUUGGGGGACUUCAACAAAAGUGGAGUCAUCAAAAUUGCUCGGGAGCAUCUCCAGGACACCUGGCAUGGGGUUCAGACACGUUGUCUCACAAUCAUUGGACGAUUUCUACAUCCGACAUCAUCGGACGACACUCUGACCCUCGUCGGGAAUUACGCGAGGUCUCAGGACCCCAGGGUUCGUGCAACAGCUUUUGAAACUAUGGCUGAAAUUCAGACACAACGAAACUGCAAACUUCCUCCGAAUUUUUUCACUGAAGUGUGCACAGCACUUCGGGAUGACUAUGAAAUCGUUAGGAGAGCCGUUCUCAAGCUCAUUUGGAUACUGGGAAAUGAAUAUCCUGAUCAUGUCGUCGCUGGACAAGAUGGUGAGGACAUCAGGAUGAUAGACUGCGCUUUUUCCAAGAUAUGUGAACUUAUGGGAGAUCUUUCUCCCAGGGUUAGGGCGUCCGCAAUGUCUCUGAUGGGGUCAAUGAAAGGUGUGACUCAAAGAUACAUUGAGCAAGCCCUCGACAAGAAACAGAAACGCGUAGAAGACGAGGGUUCGGAAAUCGAGGAGCGGAGUGCAGCAUGUGGUGCUUUCAUCCAUGGCCUUGAGGAUGAGUUCCUCGAGGUGAGAACAGCAGCUGUAGAGGCCCUCUGUACCCUGUCCCUGGAGCAACCAGGUAUCUCCAGGAUAACCCUGGACUUUAUGGUGGACAUGUUCAACGAUGAAAUUCAGGACGUCAGGAUAAGAGCAAUCGAGUCCCUGAGAAAAAUGUCAGCAAACGUGACUCUCCAAGAGGAUCAGUUGGAAACGAUUCUCUGUGCACUGGAAGAUUUCUCCGAUGAAGUCAGGGAGGGUUUACACGCCACCCUGGCAGCGAGCAGAUUAGCCACGACCAAUUGCCUCCACAUGUGUGUGAAUCGCCUCGUUGAUAAUUUGGCACGUUAUCCCCAAGAUAAGGACAGUAUCAGAAGCUGUUUGGCAGCCUUAGGAGCAUCCCAUCCUUACUUGACACUUCCUCUGGUGCCAGAACUCCUGGGGAUACAUCCGUUCUUUGACACCCCAGAGCCUGACGUGGAUGAGCCAUCGUAUGCUAGUCUUUUAGUUCUCGUAUUCAAUGCAGCAUUGCAUUGCCCUAGCAUGCACGCCUUCUUCUCUGAACACGCAGACAAGCACUAUCAUUACCUGAGGGACACAAUGCCCCACCUGGUACCGAAGUUGAAGCCAGCACUGGUGAAAGCCCCUGGCACACCUGGACACGAUCAAGAGACACCGAACGAGGAAGCCAAAGAUAAAAAGGGACGAGAGUUCUUCGAGAGAAUGGCGACUGGAAUCGAAAAUUCCAGACCUGGGGGUAAAGUCUACAUCCAAUUACUGGAGGCUGCUGCUGUUGAUCUUGAUAGAGUUGCUGAGAUUGACAGCAGAAUGGAAGGAGCUGCACACUUCACAUCGUUGUACGUCAGAUCCCUCUUGCUUCUGAGAUCUGUCAUCAAAGAGACAGUUACCGAAGCCCCUGUGGACAUGAAUUCCUCGAAUUCCUCGUCCAACAGUAACCUGGCAACUCUACUUAAGUACACCCAGCAGUUGCAGAGACUCUUCACUGGUCUCGAUGAGACAGAUGUGACCCUGGCAACUGAUGUAUGGCUGAAAGCCCUUGCUGUUGAGUUGAUUAGAGUGACUAAAAGAGCAACCGGAAGUGCUCUGCCUCUGGCCAAGCACUUUCUCUCUGAAGCUGAUGGGCUACCUCAGGACACUUCGAGGCUUCCACCAUUCUCCAGGCAAUUGGUCAUGGAGAUUCCCUCGUUGGGAGAGGCCAAACCUGGAAGCCUCUCCAGACUUCUUCUUCCUCUGUUGACGACCCCUCCUCUGAGGGGUGAAGAGAGACUCCCCAGGCCCUCCGCCAGAAUAAAAAUGUGUCGUGCUGUUAUUGAAGAACCCAAGCCGAAUGGUGACGCUGCUUUCAAAUUCACUGGGGGAUUACUUCUUGGAAUUCCCCUGACAGCGAAGAUCCUCAAUUUGAGAGAUCCCAGCGCCGUGAGGAUUAAACUUAGGCAUCCUGAUCAACAGGUGCAACUACUACUACCUUGCAAGGCUGAUCUCAAACUCCAGAACCCUGAGGAGGGUGAUUACAGGCUGAGAACUACUGUUUUACUGUCACAUCAGGUGUGGAUGGAGGCUUGUGACGUAGAAAUUUCUAUUGCACUUGCUGCACCCUCUACUUUUGCCUGCACUCACCCAACCAAUGAUGAUCCUUGUGUUUUGGACCUUUGUAAACCGACUAAGGUGGCUAUAGCACCUAAAUCUGUUAAAAGGGCGAUUUAGUUGAGAGUAGUAGUGCUGGGAAUGUAUUAUUUACAUUGGAGAUCAAUCCGAAACCCUCGUGGGCUAUGACGUUAUUGAAUUUUAUAAUUGUUAUUGUAUUAAGUGAUAUUAAUAAGUGUUUAAUAAGCUCGAAAGAAGUAGAUAAAAAUGGGAGCAAUAAAAAUCAUUUAUACAUUCUAAAAA